AUGCAUCACUCAUCUACUUGCACUCCAUUUGAAGCACUUGUGUUGUCUAGUUCCUCACAUGACCAAACAUAUGCUUCCUUGAGUGAUUUGCUUGCAUUAGAUGAGUUUGAUGAUUUGAGUAUCAAUUCUGGAAAUUCUAUUGAUUUAGUGAUUGAAUCAAGUGAUGAGAGUGAAAUUGCAUCUAAUGAUGGCCCUAGUUCAUCUUCCACAUGUCAUAUUGUAUCACAUCAUUUGAUUUCUUCUAGUGAAUUUAAUUCUAGAAUUUUUGACAGCUUUGAUCCUUUUGUGCCUAAUCAUUCUCCAAGGUUGGAAGAGUGUUCUACUUAUGAUGUUUCAGGUUUAGGGACACUUGAAAGGCAUGAACAAAGUAAUUUUGGGGCUGUUAAUGAUCCAAGGGGCGUGCAAAUUGGUACUGAAAGUCCAGAAUCAGAUCUAGCCGAACCUGGAAUUAAUUUUGGAGCAAGCCAAUCAGAUCUGGAUGUGAGGCACAAGGUUGGAACCAAGCAAGUCAAUUUGGACGAAAUUUUUCACACAACAGCUGUGAGAAGCUUGGACAUGCUACCUAAAGAGGAAGACAUGGAUCUAGCAAGGCAAAUUCAAGUGCAAAAGAUCCCUCCAAGCAUCAUUGAGCCACCUAAUCUGGAGUUGAAGCCACUUCCUUCACAUCUUAAGUAUUCUUACUUAAGAAAUGGUAAUCAACUUCCUAUUAUUGUUUCUUCUUCACUAACCCCUAUGGAAGAGUCUUUAUUGCGUGAUGUAGUGAGGAAGAACAUUGAGGCUAUUAGGUGGACACUUGGAGACAUUUCUAGAAUUAACCCUCAAACUUGCACACAUAGGAUCAUGUUGGAGGAAAAUGUCAAGGCAAUAAGGCAGCCACAAAGGAGGUUGAAUCCUUUCAUACUUGAUGUGGUAAAGAAGGAGGUCACCAAACUCUUGAGUGCAGGUAUAAUCUAUCCUAUUAGUGAUAGUGAAUGGGUGUCUCUAGUGCAAGUUGUGCCCAAGAAGAGUGGGAUUACUGUGGUAAAGAACGAACCUGAUGAAUUGAUUCCUACUAGGGUACAAGAUAGUUGGAGGGUAUGCAUUGAUUAUAGAAGGUUGAAUGAGGUAACCAAGAAAGACCAUUUCCCUCUCCCACUUAUUGAUCAAAUGUUAGAAAGAUUAGGGGGGAAAUCUCAUUAUUGCUUUCUUGAUGGAUAUAGUGGUUAUUUUCAGAUUUGCAUUGAUUCGGUUGAUCAACAUAAAACCAAUUUCACUUGCCCAUUUGGUACAUUUACAUAUAGAAGAAUGCCUUUUGGAUUGUGUAAUGCUCCAACGACCUUCCACAGAUGCAUGUUUGGUAUUUUUAGUCAUUUUAUUGAAAAUUGCAUGGAAGUGUUCAUGGAUGAUUUCACAAUUCAUGGGAAUUCUUACUCUUCUUGCUUGAAAAAUCUUGAUAAAGUCCUUGCUAGAUGUGUGGAGAAGAACUUGGUUUUGAACUUUAAGAAGUACCAUUUUAUGGUUGAGCAAGGGAUUGUAUUGGGCCACUUGGUUUCAAGCCAUGGCAUUGAGGUGGAUAGGGCCAAAAUUGAAGUGAUUUCAUCUCUGUCCUAUCCAACUAAUGUCAAGGACUUGAGAUCAUUCCUUGGUCAUGUGGGUUUUUAUAGAAGAUUUAUUAAAGAUUUUUCAAAGAUUGCACAUCCCUUGUCUCAAUUACUUCAAAAAGAUGUCAAAUUUGAGUUCUCUCCAAGUUAUAGAGAUGCAUUUGAUGCUUUGAAGGAUAAGCUUGUUUCCCCUCCUAUUUUGAGGAGUCCUAAUUGGUUGAUUCCAUUUGAGAUUUCAUGUGAUGCCUCUAAUUUUGCUGUUGGGGCUAUGUUGGGACAAAGGGAAAACAAGCUACCUUAUGUUAUUGCAUAUGCAUCUAGGACUUUAGACAAAGCACAAUGCAAUUACACUACAACUAAAAAAGAAUUAUAUGCAUUAGUGUUUGCUCUUGACAAGUUUAGAUCUUACUUGUUGCAUUCCAAGGUUGUUUGUUUUACAGAUCAUGCGGCCUUGAAGUACCUUUUAAAGAAGAAGGACACUAAGCCAUGUUUGCUUGGAUGGAUGCUUCUACUUCAAGAGUUCAAUUUAAAGAUCAUUGAUAGGAGUGGAGCAACAAAUCAUGUGGCGGAUCACUUGAGUCGAUUGCCUUAUGACUCCAUUAUGGUGAAUUCCUCUUUUGAUUUCCCUUGUGAUGAGUUUAGGGAUGAGUCAUUAUGUGCUAUUUCUUCCCAUGAUGUUGUUUGGUAUUCUGAUUUGGUCAAUUUGUUGGUGCAUAAUGUGUUUCCAAAUAGGAUUACUAGACAUGCUAGGGAGAAGCUUACUAGGGAAAGUAGAUACUAUGUUUGGGAUUCACCUACUCUUUGGAGAUUGUGUAGUGAUGGUGUCAUUAGGAUAUGUGUUCCUGAUGUUGAUAUUGAUGAUGUGUUGAGGAUGUGUCAUACUUAUGCAUGUGGUGGUCAUUUUGGGGUUAGGAGGACCAGGCAGAAGGUCUUAGAUUGUGGUUUAUAUUGGCCAUCUCUUUUUAAAGAUGCACAUCAAUUUUGCAAAGCAUGUUAUGCAUGUCAACAUUUUGGGAGUUUAGGAAAGAGACAUGAAAUGCCACAGGUGCCCAUUAUAUUUUGUGAGAUCUUUGAUGUUUGGGGUAUGAAUUUCAUGGGUCCUUUUCCCUCUUCCAAUAGUUGUGAAUAUAUAUUGCUCUGUGUUGAUUUUGUUUCUAGGUGGGUUGAGGCUAUCCCCACUAGAACUAAUGAUGCCAAAGCUGUGGCGAAGUUUCUUUUGUCUCAUGUGUUUUACAGGUUUGGCAUCCCAAGAGCAAUCAUCACAAACCAAGGGACACACUUUUGCAACAAGACUAUCUCCUCUUUGCUUCAGAAAUAUGGUGUUCUACACAAGGUGGCAACCCCAUAUCACCCUCAAACAAAUGGGUUGGCUGAGUGUUCGAACAAGGAGAUCAAGUCUAUCCUCCAAAAGAUAGUGAGACCGAAUAGGAAGGAUUGGAGCUCAAGACUUGAAGAGGCUCUUUGGGCAUACCGGACCGCCUUCAAGACACCCAUUGGGAUGUCUCCAUUUAGAUUGGUCUAUGGUAAGCAAUGUCACCUCUCGGUGGAGAUUGAGCACAAAGCCUAUUGGGCUGUAAAGGCUUGUGCAUUUGGUGAGGAGGGUGUAGCUGCCUCUAGGAAACUCCAACUUUAAGAAUUGGAGGAGUUGAGAUUGGAAGCAUAUGAGAGCUCUAAAUUGUACAAGGAAAGAGCAAAAUUCAUUCAUGAUAAAUGUAUUUUGAGGAAGCAAUUUCAAGUGGGAGAUAAAGUGCUCAAGUUCAAGACAAGGCUCAAGCUCAUUGGUGGCAAACUUCAAUCCAAAUGGGAGGGCCCUUACAUUGUGGAGGAAAUUUUUGACUCUGGCACUCUCACCCUCAAAGAUCCUCAAAGUGGCUUAACAUUCAAGGAGGGGAGAAAAAUGGUUAGGAGAAGCAUCCGAAAUGCUGGUAAUUUACCAGAUAAUCAUGGGCCUAUACCAGAGAAUAGAGGUCGUGAGGAGGAACAAAGGAGACAAGAGGAUGCUCAUGAGAGCAGAUUGGAACCAUCUCAUGGUUUUGGUAGUAGAUCUGGAUCAUCUGGGAAGAGAGCAGAUGGAGAUGUUCAAGGGAUGGCUAUUGAUCGACGGAAGGGAUUGUGGUGGAUCCAUAUAAAAGUGGAUGCGGUGUUGAAAUGGGAAAGACCUAGUUCUGUGAUUGAAAUAUGGAGUUUUUUAGGAUUGACUGGAUAUUAUCGUAGAUUUAUCCAGGGUUUCUCUCAGAUAGCUUCAUCAUUGAUUAGGUUGACCCGAAAAGAUCAUCCGUUCAUUUGGGAUGACAAGUGCGAGAUCGCAUUUCAAAAGUUGAAGGAGAAACUAACUACGGCACCGAUGUUGAUUAUUCCUAAUCAACGAUUGCCAUAUAAAGUGUAUACAGAUGCAUCUCUAAAAGGUCUAGGAUGUGUGUUGGGAAGAAGAGAGCCUCUAAAAGAAUAUCAAAUUUAUUAUUGCUUCCUUGAUGGAUAUAGUGGUUAUUUUCAGAUUUGCAUUGAUCCGGUUGAUCAACACAAAACCACUUUCACUUGCCCAUUUGGUACCUUUGCAUAUAGAAGAAUGCCUUUUGGAUUGUGUAAUGCUCCAGGGACUUUCCAAAGAUGCAUGUUUGGUAUUUUUAGUGAUUUUAUUGAAAAUUGCAUGGAAGUGUUCAUGGAUGAUUUCAUAAUUCAUGGGGAUUCUUAUUCUUCUUGCUUGAGAAAUCUUGAUAAAGUCCUUGCUAGAUGUGUGGAGAAGAACUUGGUUUUGAACUUUGAGAAGUGCCAUUUUAUGGUUGAGGAAGGGAUUGUCUUGGGCCACUUGGUUUCAAGCCGUGGCAUUGAGGUGGAUAGGGCCAAAAUUGAAGUGAUUUCAUCUUUGCCCUAUCCAACUAAUGUCAAGGACUUGAGAUCUUUCCUUGGCCAUGUGGGUUUUUAUAGAAGAUUUAUUAAAGAGUUUUUGAAGAUUGCACAUCCCUUAUCUCAAUUACUUCAAAAAGGUCAAAUUGAGUUCUCUCCAAGUUGUAGAGAUGCAUUUGAUGCUUUGAAGGCUAAGCUUGUUUCCCCUCCUAUUUUGAGGAGUCCUAAUUGGUUAAUUCCAUUUGAGAUUUCAUGUGAUGCCUCUAAUUUUGCUGUUGGGGCUAUGUUGGGACAAAGAGAAAACAAGCUACCUUAUGUUAUUGCAUAUGCAUCUAGGACUUUAGACAAAGCACAAUGCAAUUACACUACAACCGAGAAAGAAUUGUAUGCAUUAGUGUUUGCUCUUGACAAGUUUAGAUCUUACUUGUUGCAUUCUAAGGUUGUUUGUUUUACAGAUCAUGCGGCCUUGAAGUACCUUUUAAAGAAGAAGGACACCAAGCCACGUUUGCUUAGAUGGAUGCUUCUACUUCAAGAGUUCAAUUUGGAGAUCAUUGAUAGGAGUGGAGCAAUAAAUCAUGUGGCGGAUCACUUGAGUCGAUUGCCUUAUGACUCCAUUAUGGCUUGUGCAUUUGGUGAGGAGGGUGUAGCUGCCUCUAGGAAGCUCCAACUUCAAGAAUUGGAUGAGUUGAGAUUGGAAGCAUAUGAGAGCUCUAAAUUGUACAAGGAAAGAGCAAAAUUCAUUCAUGAUAAAUGUAUUUUGAGGAAGCAAUUUCAAGUGGGAGAUAAAGUGCUUAAGUUCAAGACAAGGCUCAAGCUCAUUAGUGGCAAACUUCAAUCCAAAUGGGAGGGUCCUUACAUUGUGGAGGAAAUUUUUGACUAUGGCACUCUCACCCUCAAAGAUCCUCAAAGUGGCUUAACAUUCAAGGCAAAUGGCCACUUGUGCAAGAAAUUUCAUGAGGGUGAAUCUUCCACAUUGCUUGCUGAAAUGAGAUUCAAAGAUCCUCCAUGA